AUGAUCUGGUUCUGGUCAGUAUGACCAGUUGCCCCCUGCCAUCUCUGUCAGAUACGAACACACAACCAAAGCAAGCAAACAGAAACUAGAGAGAAUCGUUGCAUUGUUUUUCAGAGUUUUCAAUGGAGUAACAGUAGCGACAAUCAAAGAAGGAACUCAUGGAGUACGAAAGGAUCGAAAAGAAGGCUCAGGGAGGGGGUUUUUCGCCAAAGAAGUUGAGGAGUAUGCUGUUGGGAGUGGAGAAGAAGAGAAAGGAAGAGGAAGAGUUUGAAUCUUCUUCUUUUACAAUGAGAUCUCAAGCUUCUGAGAUUGAUGAAUCUGGUGGGAGUGGUUCUGACAAUUGCAAAGAUGUAGAUGUGGUUAGUGUACUUCCGGGAUGUUUGACUUCAACAACGGCUGAUUCAGUUAAUGCACAAAUGGCUGGUGACAGAAGAUUUAAGGAUCACUCUGCAGUCAAUUCGAGAAUUAGGUCCCAAGAAGGCCCUUCUUUAGAUUAUGAUAGCGGGUAUGAUAAUGUGAGUAUGCCAUCUUCGAUUUUUGAGUUUCAAAAGGCUGAACGGGCCCAACAAAGACUUCCCCAUGCACCAUUUUCAAAACCAGCGCCAUCGAAAUGGGAUGAUGCACACAAGUGGAUAGCAAGUCCUUCAAAUAGGCCAAAGACAGGCCAGCCUCAUUUGCUGGGUGGUCAAGGAGCUGGAUCACGAAAGAUGGGUAAUGUUAAUUUUCUAAAUCGGCAGUUGUCUGCAAAGUUAGUUGAAGUAUCGGAACAAAAAAUUGUUUCUAUGGAAGAGCCAGAUACUAAACAAAUCGAUCCAAGUCACGCUAAGAGGGAAAAUGGUGUGCAGAAAUUUGUUACUUGGGAGGUGGAUCCGUAUCCGAUUGUUGAUUCAUAUGCCAAGCCGGUGCUCAUGGUUGAGAACUCUGUUGGAGAGUCUACAAUUAAUCUUAGCCAGCAUGAUUCUUCUCUUGCCAUACAUAGUGCUUCCGCAUUUAUUCCUCCUCCUUCAACAGCUAGGUCUGUAGCGAUGAGAGAUAUGGGUACAGAAAUGACUCCUAUUGCAAGCCAAGAACCUUCCAGGAAUGGAACCCCAGUGAGGGCAACAACACCUAUUUGCAGCCCAACUUCUUCUAGGCCAUUGACUCCUGGAAGAACUGCAACAGCGUCAUCACAAAGUCAUCUGCACAAUGAACAGAUGGAGUUGUCUGAAAAGGAGCUGCAGAUGAAAACUAGGAGAGAAAUAAUGGCUCUUGGGGCACAGCUGGGUAAAGUGAACAUUGCCGCUUGGGCUAGCAAGGAAGAGGAAAAUAAUGGUGCCUCCACUUCACUGAAAAAUUUAGGAGCAGAACAGGCUGCUAAAAGUUCCAUUGAAACUCGCGCAGCAACAUGGGAGGAGGCAGAGAAAGCAAAGUAUUUGGCCAGGUUUAAGCGUGAAGAGAUGAAAAUUCAGGCAUGGGAGAAUCAUCAAAAGGCAAAAACCGAAGCUGAGAUGAGGAAAAUUGAGGUAGAGGUUGAAAGGAUAAGGGGGAGAGCACAUGACGAGCUCAUGAACAGACUAGCUGCUGUAAGGCAUAAGGCUGAAGAGAAGCGAGCUGCUGCUGAAGCCAAGAGAAACCAUCAAGCUGCAAAAGCUGAGCAGCAAGCAGAGUAUAUUCGUAGAACUGGGCGAAUCCCUUCUUUGUUGUCCUUCUGUAGUUGGUGCUCUUGAAAUUGUUUUCCCUUCAGCAGACCAUCUGGCAUUGCCUUCGUUAAAAUUUUUUUUGUUCUUGCCAAUCAUGUGCCUCAUUAUGUUCUCUAUC